CUCGUGCCAUGGUGCCGAGCCGUGACGCGCAACGAACGAAUAGAUAUAGCCAGGCCUGGGCAAUCCCAAAUCCCCGUGCCGAGGCCCCCACAAACAGCGCCAAAAACGGAGGAAAAACCCGGACCCUUUGGCCUUUGCCGCUCCCGUUUAAAAGCCACCGCCUACCACCACCGCCACCUCCCAAGCUCCCAGCUCCCACACCCGCACUCCACCACCGCAGCCAAAGCGGGCUCGCUCGCACGACCGCGUUCCACGCACGCACGGACGCCCAGGAGAGCGCACGGGCCAUGCAGAUCCUCCGGCUGGUCGCGGCGCGGCGCUUCCGCCGCCGGCGCCGCGCGGUGUCCACGAUCACCGCCGCCGCGACGGCGCCGGUCACCCUGCGCGCCGGGUACGCGUACGGCGAGGACGAGGACGAGGGCCCGUUCUUCGACCUGGACCUGUCCUGCUGCUCCGCGCCGGCCUCCGCCGCGGGCAGCCAGGCGGCCGAGUCGGGCUCCGAGUCCGACGACUACGCCGCGUCCUGCCCCGCCGCCGCCGCCGAACGAGGCGGCCUCGACUUCGUCAUCUCGCUGCAGCGGAGCCGCUCCGCGUCGCCGUCGUACGAGGAGCGCCUCUUCUUCCGCGGCGCCGCGGCGGCGGCGGCGGCGACCCCCCUUCCCCUGCCGCUCAUGUUCUGCGCGUCCGAGCCCAGCGACGCUGCCUCGCGCGCGCGGCGCAGCAGCGCGGGCAGCCGCAGGCUGCAGCUGCGCACGCUCAGCUUCGGGUCCGCCAAGGCCGCCCUCUACGGCGGCCGCGCCAGCUUCUCCCGGAGCGCCAGCAGCAGCGCGCGCUCCGCCUCCAGGCUCUUCGCCGCGUACGGCGGCGGGUCGCCCGGCGCCCAGGAGGCCAGGGCCCGGCCACCCUCGGGCGACGUCUUCCGGCGGUACCUCAGCAAGAUCUCGAGCCGGCUGCGGCGCGGCGCGGCGGCGCCCGCCGCCGCCGCUGACCUCCGGCUCCGGAAGAGCCGCUCGGCGUCCGCCGCCCAGUCCCCGCCGGCCCGCCGCGACGACUCGCUCGCCGAGAAGCAGGACGGCAUCGCCAGCGCCAUCGCGCACUGCAAGGAGUCGCUCCACCGAGCGUCCGUCUCCGAGCUCGACACGUCGCUGCUGCGGUCGCGGAGCGACCCGGGGCCGUGAGUGACGUCCCUCCACCUGAGACUCUGAGAGCAAGCAGCCAGCAUCGUUGCUGGGGAUUUCUGCAUUUGCCAUGCUCGCCGUUUGGCUCGCUCUGGCGACGGCGGCCGAAGCUUCGGGCGGAAUUUCGCGGCGGACGCGAGGAAAAGACGGCGAACCUGCCGCCGCGAGUACGAGUCGCUGAAAGGCUCGCGUGAAGAACAUGCAGGGGGGCGGUUUCGCGAGCGGGCGCGAGACAUCUUUACGCUUGUUUAUGCGGGCAAGCGGGGGCUCUUUUGGUGGGUUUUAGUUUAGGCGUGGGAAAAGAGCUCCUUUAGCCGCCUCCCCCAUGUACAAGCGUGGAUCUGUGCCCACCUCCUUUGCUUUGUUAGGUUUUCUCUUCUUUUUUUUUUUGUUCACUUUGUACAAGAGACUGUUGCAACACGAUCUCUAAUUAGGUCCUCAACGUUAUGCACCAUCUGGCUCGAGGCCAAUGUCUGAAUCUCCUUUUGCUUUAA